UGGCUCGCCAGCGGGCACCGCGUCAUCUGGCAAGGCAGUGGGCACAGUACGACGAGGCUCUGGUCAGGCGGUACGACAGCGGGCUCUGAGUCAAUUGGCACGACAGCGGGCACCGGAUCAGGUACCGGAUCAUCUGGAUCAACAGCGGGCAUCGAGUCAACUGGCCUAAUAGGAUCGUCAGGCUGGAUCAGUUCAUCAUGCUGGAGGCAUCAGGCCGAGUAGAGGCAUCAGGCCGAAGAGAGGCAUCAGGCUGCAUACAGGCAUCAGGCUGAAGAGAGGCAUCAGGCUGCGUACAGGCAUCAGGCCGAGUACAGGCAUCAGGCUGAGUAGAGGCUUCAGGCUGAGUAGAGGCUUCAGGCUGAGUAGAGGC